AUGUUCGAUUUGCGUACCCAGCAUAACGCCUCGCAGCCCGUCAAUCGACUCCCUCGCGAGAUCCUCUCCCAUAUCAUGUUGCUCAGCCAGGACAACCUCGACAUUACGACUUGGGGCACAUGGACGAUAUCCGAAUGGUCGCCGCCGUGCUCUCAAGUUUGCGCAUUUUGGAGAAGCGUGGCGCUGGGCACCUCGAAACUGUGGAACACUCUGGACGUGGGCCGACCGAAGCUCGCCCUGGCUCUAUGCGAACGUUUCCCUACUAUACCCCUCCAUGUCGUAUACGACGUCACGGACGAGAUUGUCCGCCGUCCUUCAAGCGAAGCUGUCCUAAAACGCAUCGCACUUCACCACCCUUCCCGCAUCUCUUCGCUAUGGUUGAGUGCGCCGUACGAUGUCCUUCUAUCAACAUUGCAGCAAUUUCAGACAUACGCACCCGUUCUGAGAUCUCUCAAGCUCGGCAUAUCAGACCUCGAUGACCUCGAAGACGAUCAACUGAGGGAGCUUGUCGAUUGCCUACAGGAUACCCGUAUGCCGAGCCUUCGCUCCUUUUGCCUGGAGAGUAUUGCACCCUUCUUGCCAUGGACCUCACGAUGGCUUAGGACGCUUAACUUGAGGUAUCUUGAUCUGAAUUACGAGCUCACACAAGAGAUGCCCUCGACUGUUCUGGAUGACGUCCUCGACACGCUUGAAGCACUUCCUCUCCUCGAGUUACUCUCCUUAGGGGCCAACCUGCCCAAGGUGCUCGCAUCCUCUACCUCUGCUGCCCCUGUACGCGAGGUCCACCUACCCGCGUUACGUCAAGUUACCCUAGCGGGUACAUGUCAGGAAUUAGUGUCCUUUCUCCGACACCUCCGAUUUGAUCAAAUCAGGAUCAGGUCUUUCGAACUUGUCUGUUACGAAGUGGAGAGUAUGGACUGCCUUGCGGACCUGUGGAACUUGGCAAAGCCUCACUGCCCCCCGGGCCAAGUCGAGCUUGUGACCGGCAUUCCCGCAGCCUCGAUCUUGUUGAUCUCCGCAACCCUCUGUAAAGUAGCUUCCAUCAGGUUUCCAAAGCUGCUUUCGACCGCGAUCGACGAUAUAUUCAAGAAUCUGAGCACGCUAUGUCUUCCGCACCUGAAUCCCUAUCUGAUGAUUCUGAAAGGCGGCCAGGAACACGUACCGUCCGCAGACGCAUUGCACGCGAUUCUGCGUCAUUGCACGAAGGUGCGGGACCUGGAUCUGAUGGGCGUAGAGAUGGUCACCGCUUUCUUCAACGCUUUACACCGCCAUCGGACGCAAGCCAUGGGGGAACCAUUGCCGAGACUCAUCAGCCUGCACAUUAUGGACGCCGUGCAUUCCUCCGAAUUUCCCUGGUUCGGUCGAUGUCGGGCCGAGCUGGCGAUUCGACGCGAGUCCAGCCUGAAGCGCAACGGCCGAGCAUCCUUGAAAGUGCUUACCUUGCGACGGUGUUAUGGGUUGGAUCAGACGGAGCUCGAUUUGCUCAGAGAUGUCGUACCAAAGCUGAUGACCACGGACGUUCAGACCGUCCAGACCUCGCAGUGA